AUGGAGCACAAAGAUGAUGAUGAUGAUGAUAUAUCUUUUGCCAAAUGGAUGAGCAGCUUCUGGGGUCACAGCUGCACAGAGGAGGAUGAGAGGAAACUCCGGGAGCGCCAUCGACCACAAGCCGCAGGUUACAGGAAAACCUCCCUGCCCUGCCCCUUUCCUGAGUUGCCCAAAAUGAUGUCAUCUGAGCACCAUCCGAGAAGGCAUUCUCAUGAGGACCAGGAGUUCCGGUGCCGCACCCACGUGAGGAGUGACAGAAAAUGUGCAGGAGAAGGGUCAUUCAAGGAGCCACCGGAACCAAAAGAAAGAUCUCGUUCAAAACGGCAGGGAUUUUCAGAGUCUUUUGAACAGCAUCUAUGUUUUAGAACCAAACGUUCUAUCUCUUUGGGACCUGAAAACAGGAAAGAGAGAAAAGAAAGGGAGUGCCUAAAAAUGGAGAUAAGAUCCUGCAAGAAAGUAGAAGAAAGAAGAGGUUCCAGGAAGGAAGAACAUGGAGAUGCAUACAUGCCGCCUCUCGUUGAAAAGGGUCCUGAGUAG